GACACUCUCCAGUUCACCUUGCGAUCCGUUCUAUCAACGCGAGCUCACCAACACACCCACUAGCACAAGUGUCUUUCCAACAAGAAUGUGUUUAGUAUUGGACUAGCCACAUGGUCGGAAGAUAACAAACUCAAACCACCACCUUGCCUCUUUCAGUUCCCUACAAUGUGCAAGAAGACAGGAUGCCGACGGUGCAUUGUCUAAUAUGCCGAUCGGCACUCGGUGGUGUGCCACGCUUUGGAAUGUGUUCAAGACAGCUGGAAAGCAAGUUAAGUCCAAUUGCAAACUUUUCGCCAUCAGUCGAAACCCAGGGUCAAAGCGUGUGAUCACUUUCGUGCUCCGUGAAUACAUGCGCACAAUGAAGUCAAAUGGGAAGAAUAUACCGGAGGCCAGCAAACAAGAAAAAAGCAGGUUAGCAAACAGUGCCACAGGAAUCCCCUGGUGGCUAUGUGGUUCCAUGGACCACAUCAAGGUCGAUUUUGAUCGGGAGUAGGUGUUAACUGAUAGUCUUGAGUGUUGAUAAAUAUUCUGUUUGCUGCACCUGAAACCCUCAGCCAGAUCUCGACUUCAUAUUCUAUAUAUUGGUAUCAAUCUACGAAUAGACAAAGAGCCAGAAAAAACCACGGAAAUGAAACGUAGAUACAGCUGUUAUAAAAUGAAAACACAGAGAAAUCCAUGGUUUCGUCAGAGGGCGAGAUACUACCCAGUGGCCCAGGUCGAACUAGGGUGCUGACUUAGGGGACACCACCCCGAGCCUCUGGCCAAAUAGCCUACCCGCAAGGUAUCGAGAUUAGUCGCGUACUCGGAAUAACCAGACUAAACCGUAGACUUGAUUUACCACGGACUGCUUGAAGAAGACAAGGAGGCUCCGUAGGAAUGCUCAGUAAAACGGGUAUGCGCGUGGCAAAUCAGAACAGAUGUGAAGAGGGCUCCGUGACGUGUGUCUUCGGUUGCGCAAUCUACUGCGCACUCGGUUCACCGGCAUUGUAGUCAUGACUCUAGUCUCAUAUUGUGGACAAAUUAUAACGUUCCUCUCGCUCCUUACAACAUAACCAGCAUCUUGCAAAAUUACGCCUCAAAUGAGCUUCAACAGAAAGUCGCUGGAGCUGCAGCGUAUCCUUUCGGGUCCGGAGUCUAGGCGUGACUUGGUUACCCAUUCCUCAAGUGACAUUGGAGUCGCUUGUUUCUUAGUUAACAGUUUCAAGAGGCUCGGCUCUUGCAAGUGAUAUAACGAAGGGCGAGUGAUGGAUAGUCCAUUUCUGUCAGAUGGUGGGAGCUGGCUACACCGACCUCCAGGGUUAGGAAGAAGAUCGUCAGGGCCAACGGACUUCCUGGUCCUGGAAUGGGGAGUCGUGGUGGUGCAUCGCACACAACUGGUCGUCGCGUAAUCGACUAUGUUUCUCUGCGUGUCCAUUGAUGGCCUCUCUGAAAACCCAAGUUCAACCGAUCUGCCACCACGACUUGUUUAAUCACGUAUCCCGACGCUUGGCAUGGGGGUGAGGGGGUGCGACAAGGCGUUCACUCUUGACCAAUGCGGUUCCAGGCCGACUCUGAUCGGACAGGCUUGUUUUCAGCUUAGGCCAGCAUACGUCCCGGUGCCCUGCUCUCCAGUUGUGGGCACUCACGGUCGGAGGUGGGUGGGUGGACUUCCCCUCUCACAAGUCUGGUCCACCAUCUGGAUGAUCAGUGUCGGCGUCUGCCGUGUGGACCACCAUGGCCCGAUCGAGUCCAGACACACAUGAGGGUUGAUAUCCUUGCUACGCUGCGUGGGAGCUGAAGCGAUGCCAUGGUGACGCAUGCUGGUGCGUUUUCGGCUGGCCUACGUUGACUACGGAGCGUUCACGUGACGAAUGAGUGCGCUCCUUAACUUGUGAUCGGAACCUAAUCAACAACGAAAGCUAUGUCGAAGUCAACCUUACUUUCUCGCCAGCCACGGUACAGUCUUUCUGCUCCAAACACCCCCACUAAAACCGGAGGCACCAUCCGUGAAUUAAGUAAUACCUCGGGAAAUAACAAUGUGUGUCAAAAAAGCUGUGAUACAUGCUCUACUGUUACACCCAGUUGUGCUUCCCUGAACAAUACUAGCGAAGGAGCAAACUUCACUCCUGUGUUACGCACCCGCAACCGAAGGCAACCGAUCAAAAGCAAACCGUAUUCAGGAAAGGUAACCGACUUUGUCGACUGUGAACACUGUCCUACCGCUUACACGGAUUCCUUGGAUGCAUGGAUGGAUCAUCUCUUUGCGUACCAUCGGCUGCCGAACAACUGGCCAAGUACUCGAUCCGCCAGCAUACAAGAUGGGCAUCCAUAUACAACAGUUGUGGGUUCACAGAAGAAGCGCAAGCCAGAUGCCAUCCCGCGUCCACUGAACAGUUUCAUGAUUUUUGCGCAGUACAUCAGACGCGCAACGUUACGACGGUUCCCCGAGGCUCACAAUGCGCGCAUUAGCCGACGCGUAGGACUCCUUUGGCGUCAGUUGGAUAAGUCGACUAGGGAAGAGUACGCACAAGAGGCGAUUCGUUUGCAAGACCUACACUCUAUCGAAUAUCCGGAAUACAAAUUCCAACCGAAGAAACGGGUCCGUGGAGGGCAUCAUGCUUCUAGGGCAUCUUCGUCAAAUCGGCCUUUUCCUCAGCAAGAAAGCAUCAGUGCGAGUUCUAACUGCCCAGAUGGAGAAGUUCAGGAUGAAAGCCUCCGUCCUCAGUUGAAGAGACUUUUAGAGCUUUCUGCUGAUCAUCGAGGCAAAUACCUACCCAUUAGACCGCUUACAUCCGCUGGUUCCACAGACACUGCAGCCUAUUCCUUUGAAUUUGCUCCGAAUGUUACUAUAGACGCAUCUGCGGCCAAAUUUAUAGACGUGAAUUUCGGCGUCUUCGCCUGCCAAUCGGUGAACCCGUUUUUACAAAGCAGUUCUGAAACUUCCAGACCGAUGAUAUGGUCUUUCAGCCCCACCGCAGAUGAAUCCAAGGCCACACUGACAGCCCUGGUGUUGGCAAACGGGAUCAAUUCUCUGACGGAGAGAAACAACACCCCAGCCACAGACUGUCACGCUGUGUACGUCGAUGGCUCGGUGGGAGACCGUGCCGGCGCUCUCGAGAGGUUACACAAAGUACCAACUGCCUUCUCCACUGAAGAUGUCAAUGCCAGCGUUACGAAACCGCUGCGAGUGGAUAUACAGACGAUCGGGUCCACAUCUUCAUCCCUUUGUGAUCCCCGAACACAGAAACAAUUUAUUAAAGAUGACUCUUUGAAUCCUCGGCUAGCUGAUGAUCUAGAUCAGUCUGUUGCCUAUCAUGCCUCCGUGCCACUGUCGGAUUUCGCCCAAGAUAGCUGUUAUGGGCAUCAGGAUGCUAAAAGAUUGCAAUACACACCUUUCGAGGAAGUUCUAAAGUCUGAGUCACCAGAUGGCGCUUCGUGGAGGCUCGCUGUUCGGCCCGAUGCCCAAAGUCGUUCUUCCUUCAAAACCACCAUGCACUCGUGGAUUGACGAUAGCACCAACACAUCGCCAUCCGUUCACUCUAGUCACACUCUUACCUCCGUGGCUGCAGAAAGCGCACAGUUAACUCCAACUCCCGGCUUCGAGGACAUUCAUACGUCGGGGCCUAGCCCAUCCCUGGACGAAUUAGGUCGCCUCGUUUUCCUCGACACCGCGCUACCAAACGUCCGCCCAAAUCCGGACCCGUUAGAGCCUCCCAAUCCACUGAGCACUUUGAGCGCGACAUGUGUGCUAAAGACUGAGUCGAUACCACCCGUCUCUCUGACGCAUUUGCCUGGAAUCGAAUCGUUACUUUUCGGCGUCUCUCACAUUGACAGACAAAGCUGAACCUUGCUGCUGCACAAUGUGCUGUGGUGAUUGAUCUCAGUUUCCAGUGCAGAUUGAACCUGGAUGUACAGUGACCCAUUAUUUUUUUAACGACAUGAAUUUUAUCUUACCUCUAAUAUCCUCUGAUGCGAAACAAGUGACCGCCGUUGAUUUGGCAGAUAAUUUUGUUUUUCAAAUGCAUUUAGAAUCCA